AUGGCCGGUCAGAAGUCUAAGCAGGCGAAGCCCGCCAAGGCGUCCAAGAGCAAGGAGACUCCUGCUCCUCCCGCUCAACUUGUCGCCGCUCUCAGUGCUUUCUUGAGCGAAUCUGGUUUCUCCAAGACCAAGGAAGCUUUCACCAAAGAACUUGCCAGCAAGUCGAUCGACUCUGAUGCGAAGAAUGUGCCGUCCCUGCUUGAACUGUACCAAUCCUGGGAAAAGUCCUCCGAGAAGUCCUCCGGUUCUAGCUCUUCGGACAGCGACAGCGACAGUGAAAGUGAGAGUGGAAGCGAGAGCGAUAGCGAAAGCAGUGACAGCAGCUCCGACGAAUCCAGCGAUUCUGAUGUCGAGAUGAACGACAAGUCCGAGUCCGACAGCGAUAGCGACUCCGAUGACGAGGAGGAGAAGAAGAAGCCUGCUGCUCCUGCUGCUAAGUCCCAGGGCACCAAGCGCAAGGCCGAGUCCAGCUCCUCCGAGUCUGAUUCCGAAUCUGAGGCCGAUGAGGCUCCCAAGUCGAAGAAGACCAAGGUGACUUCCGCCAAGGAAGAGUCUUCUGACUCGGACUCCUCCGACUCUGAGUCCGAUUCUUCCUCUUCCUCUUCCGAGUCUGAAGAGUCCUCCGACUCGGACUCCUCCAGCGACGACUCCUCCAGCUCCUCUUCUGAGUCCGAUUCCGACUCCGAUUCUGAUUCGGACUCUGACUCUUCCUCUGACGACGAGGACGACAAGAAGGCCGAUAAGAAGGCCCUGAAGGCUGCUACCAAGACCCCUCUGCCUCCGUCCGAAUCUAGCUCCAGCGGCUCUUCCCCGUCUUCUUCGUCCGACUCUGACACCACCGGAACCGUCAGCAACUCCGACUCUGCCCCCAAAGAGCAGUCCAAGUCUGCCCAGACAUCCUACUCCAGCAGCGCCAGCCCUGCUCCCGGCAAUGGCCCCCAGAAGAAGAAGCACACCGGUGCUCGCCCCACUCCUCUGGCUCAGCUGAGUGAGCUCCCCACCGACCACCUCCUCUCGAACGACUACGUUCCCUACGCCUACGCCGAGAAGGCCUGGCAGGAUCUGUCGGUCACCCGCGGCAAGGGCUUCACCAAGGAGAAGAACAAGAAGAAGCGCGGUUCUUACCGCGGUGGUCCCAUCGACAUCUCGGGUGGCAAGUCCUUCAAGUUCGAUGACUAG